UGACUCAUUUGUUCCCAUUUGAGACGACAAGCUAUAGUCUAUCUUGGUUUAGUUAGAAAACUAUUUGGUCGUACUCAAACAUCGUUUUAAGAUUGGUUUUACUAUUGACAGUUACAGCUGAUUUUGGGGAUGUAUAUCGAUUUUAUCAACUUAAAUAGAAGUAAUCUGAUUUAUUCGUUUCAGUCUUUGAAUUGUUUCAUCAAACUUUUCGCCGCCAGCUCCUGAUAUCAGGGCAUAGAAACUACAAUCGGUCUCCUGAAUUAGCCUAGUGAUGGCCCACAUGCGCAUUACGUUCGAACUCUUUUCUCCUCUUUCAAUGGCUAAACUAGCUAGCUAUGUUACUAACUAUGCUAGUUUUGGUGCUUAUUGUCAAACUUCAUAUAUACUGCACUCUCAACUUCAAACGCCAUUGUUAGUUAAACAAUAAUGUAACCAAUCAAUUCGCCGGAAAUAAACUUAAAAUAAGUAUUGUUUUGUUGAAUAGUCAUGACUGGUUCGAGGUAUCUAUUGCAAGACAACGGUGGCGAAGGACAUCAUUGCGUCUUGGCCGUAGGGUUAGCGUUAGGACGUUUCUGACUGGUCUUUGAACUGUGAGCCUCUCCCCGCUUCGUUCGAUGGGAUAUGUAGUGAUUUUGCUAACACAGCCAGAUAUGUACACAGUCUUGUAUACUUAUUUUUUCCCCAACUGACUAUCGUACUUGUUGAUUAAAUUUGACUUUAUUAAUUAUGAGCAGUCCAGGAAUGACACGAGAAAAUAGCAACUCUACAGAUCGCAGUGACUACAAUGAAUGGCUAAAUUACUUUCGGACACUAAAGCUACUCCUCACCACUCUAUUGGCUAUAAUGAUCCCGCGUCCUCCCGCCUUUGCAGACAUGUAUUUCCAUUGUUAGAACGGUUAGUCGCCUAUCUUAUAUCAUAGAUCAUCUUUGGCUACGUUCAUUCUCCUAACCUGCUAUGUAAACAAAUCAUCAGUCCCGACAAACCAUCAGUAUCAGAUAUUAAUCAAAUGUUAUUGGUCACAUACCCAUAUUUAUUUUAGAAUACAAUAGAACUCUCUCAUUGGUAAUUUGAUUUGAUGUGUUCACCUGACCUUGCAACUAAUUUACCAUCAUUUUGUUUUGCGAUUAUAAUUGGUCCCUGAACCCAUAGGCUAUUUCUGAAAUAUAUAAAAGCCUCCUUCAAUUAUCUCUGUAAACUUCUAAAAAUAUCCGAAACAAUAAAGAAACCCUCAUCAGCUUCCACUGGCCACUAAGAGUUGCUAAAUUACCUUUUCACUUCAGUUUGUCUCAACUCGUGCACCUUGGUCGGAGAGGUAGGUAUGUGAACGAUUUGAUUUAGGUAGCCUUUCGCGCUGAAAUUCAUACAGUAUCCAGGCCAUCGAUCCACAAUGGCCCAUAUUUUGGUAUUUUGUUAAGUGGCCGAUGGCCGCUGUAGGAGUGACUAUGCAAAUCAAGCUUGUGAAAAUAAGUUUGCGUUGAAUUGAGGGCUGUAACUUGAUUGGGCGGCAUUGUUCGUUCAAACUGGAGGUGCCAAAGUAUGCGCUACAUUUGUUUCCACCAUGUGCGCUUUGAUGUAGGAUGAGACAGUGAUAGUUCUGUUGGAUAAGAAUUGAAACUUUUGCUGAAAUUCCACCAGAUAGUGAACGCAGUAGCGGAGAUAAGAUUAUGCAGGCCCCUGAUGCUUUUCAAGAAAAGCACAAUGAGCCAAUCAUUAGUUGUAUGUUGGUUGGGGAUGGUGCUGUGGGGAAAACCAGCAUGAUUAUAAGUUACAUCUCAAAUGGAUACCCAAACGAAUACCGUCAGACGGCCUUUGACGUCUUCACCGGAUUGGUUAGAGUAGAUGGGAUUCCAGUACAAAUCCAGUUGAUGGACACUGCAGGACAGGAGGAGUUUGAUAAUUUUCGCUCCAUGUGUUACAAUCAAAUAGAUGUCUUCAUCCUUUGCUUCAGUGUUGUCAACCCAGUGUCUUUCCACAACAUCACUUCAAAAUGGAUCCCACAGAUCCGCACCUUCAAUUCUGCUUCACCCAUCAUUUUAGUGGGGACCCAGUCUGACCUCCGGCAUGAUGUUAGCAUCCUUAUCCAUCUGGACCAGCUGAGGGUCAAGCCAGUGGUGAACUCCCAGGCCAGGCGUCUAGCAGAGAAGAUCAGAGCCCACGACUAUGUGGAGUGUUCCGCACUGACCCAGAAGAACCUCAAAGAAGCAUUUGACUCUGCUAUCUUUGCUGCCAUCAAGCACAAGGCCUGUGAGAAAGCAAAGAAGCUCAAACUAUUUGAUCGUGCAAAGACUUUUUCUAGUGUGGGGUGGAAGAAGUUAUUCUGCUUCAUGUGAUCUAAUGGCAUCACUACCUCAAUACAGGACACAAAACCCUCUGCUGUUGAAUAUUGGGGGUGGCAGUAGCAGUUGGAUGGAUUACUAAGAGUUAGUUAUUCUGGACAAAAGUUGUCAGAUAUGUUGUGCUUAUUGAAGCUCAAAAGCCAAAAGUUCCCACAGCAACCUGUGAUAGCCUUCCACCAUUGUAUGCACUGCGGAAAGUCUUUCUUUUUCACAGGAUUCAGACAGCAUUGUAUUGCAGUUGGUGUCACGGCCUAUUUGCGACCUGACUAUCACUUUUCUAGCGCAUACACUGCAUAGUCAAGUAUUUUGUUUGUAGGCUUUAUAGAAUGUGAAUAUCUUCUAGCCAUAUAUGCUUCUUGUGGAAGCCACAUGUUUCAAACAAUGUUUGCUUUGUCGUUUUAUGUCACGUUUACUUGUCUUGUUACACAUUUCACUUUAAGUUAACUUUUUUGUUUAUUUGAAGAAAUUAGGAGUUUGUAAAUGUGAAAAUAUAAAAUCAAGAAUGGGUUGGCAGGUAGCCUAGUGGUUAGAGCAUUGGGCCAGUAACCGAAAGGUUGCUGGAUCGAAUCCCCGAGCUGACAAGGUAAAAAUCUGUCGUUCUGCCCCUGAACAAGGCCGUUAACCCACUGUUCACCGGGAGGCCGCCAUUGUAAAUAAGAAUUUAUUCUUAACUGACUUGCAUAGUUAAAUAAUGGUUCAAUUUAAAAAUAUAAAGAUAAUGUAGAUUAGUUUAGGGCCCUCAUUAGAGUAGUUGUAGAAAAUUAUAUUCACUAAUGCCUUGGACCUUAUAUUAAUUUACUGUUAACAUGUGAGCUCCAUUUUAUGGUAAGGUCCAUUGAUCACUGAGGGAGGCCAACAGUCUGAGGUAAAUCCUCAAACGGAGGGAAAGACAGAGCUGAGAAUAUUCUCACCACAGAGUUUUGUUACCCAGCUCACAGACAAGGGACUACGGUCACCUGCUGUCACAUUGAGGCUCCAAUUUACAAGACAAAGCCUCUCCAUUAAAGCUGUUCCCUUUGCCUUUGUAAUAUAGCAAAUUGGUGUAAGCCUUGGAAAGAGGAAAGUCAUAAUAGAUAUAUAAUCGAUUGCUGAGUACUACAUCGACGUGCACAGUUGUUGGGUAUUAGAAACCUUGUGCGUAUUCAUUUCGGAAACUGUUUAAGAACCAAACGAAACAGGGAGGGAACUACCUGAAUUUGUCCAAUAGAAUCUUUUACGUUUGGAGUAACUCCGUUGCAAAACAUUUUUGUUCCCUCCCUGUUUCGUUCCCUCCCUGUUUCUUUCCGUUGCAAAACAUUUUGCAACGGAGUCGGCGUAAUGAUUACAGCCCUGGAAAAAAGCCAAAGUGCUUUGCUUAAGACGGAACAUCUUUUUUAUUUGUAUGAUAAGUGGUAAAAUGAAUGUGCUAUAAAGCAGCCAACAAUUGAACUACUGAGUGAUUAUACUAUAUAGCCUGCAUACAAGGCCUAAUGUGUCUACUGGAUAAAGUUGUGUGUCAUGUAAGGGUGGCUGUGUUCCUGGGGAUUGGCAGUGUCCGGUGUGAGAGGGGCAGGUUAGUGUCCGUUGUGAGAGGGGCAGGUUGAAGUGGUCAGAGUAGUGCAGAAGGUGUCCUAUGCUGAGGCAGUGAAGAAAUUUGAGGGGUCAAGGAUGAAGGAUCCUGAGAGGAUCUAAGUGAGUAGUAGAUUUGUGCCAUCACAGAGGGGGAUAGCCCAACGAGUGAUACUGUAUAUGCUUCAGUAAGUUUGGUUUCUUAGCAUUUUAUAGCAAUGGUUAUCAACUGUACCGCAGAAAUGGAACAUAAAUAACAUAGAUGUUGUGGAGGUAGCUGCAGAGAAGAUUUGGGGUUUAUGUGAUUUGACUUCAGAAGAGUUACAGGGUGUGUUGAGUAGGGGUGUCUCCUGUCCUCCCAGGCCGUUAACAUGGGCAGGAGCAGAUAGGAUCAAAGUAGUGGAAUGGAGAAGUGGGUUUUUAAUGAGUGUAGGUGGCAGCUGCAGAUAAGUACCUGGGUGUAAGAGAUUGUACUGCGGAAGUUAUGUUUUGAGAUGUUUAUUUUUGUGAAAUAGUGUGUGUGUGUGGUGCACAUUUGUAUCCCCCUGCCUUUUAAAAAUGUUUAUAUAACACAUGUAAAGUGAUUGAACACACACUACCGCACAGUAGGUGGCGGCAUGCAUGAACAAAAUGUGAGAAUGCCAUUACACCAAAGAAGUAAUGCCGCUGCCUGAAGUUGUAAUUUCUCUGAAUUUUGUAUUUCCUUACCCUGCUGUGUUAAUGAGACGUCUCAUAUAUCCAAUCUCUGGAGCCUGUCAAACUAGAUAAGUGCCUCUUGUCCUAGCACACUGCUGAGAUCUGGGGUGUAUUCAUUAUGCCUUGUAACUGAAAAUAUUUACACUUAAGAACCAAACGGAAGCAAACAGAGAAAACGGAACGCAACUGGGAGGGACCUACCUGAAUUUGUCCAAUGCAAACUCUCGUUUUCAUUGUAUAACAUUUUCUGUUUAGAGUAAACUUUGUUGCAAAAUGUUUUGCAACAGAAUCGGUGUAAUGAAUACACCCUUGAUGAACCUCUAACGUUUUCUGUUGGAUCAAUCAAUCUGUCAAUUCCUUAACAUCGUCAAGGAGACCAUUAACAUGUAUAGUGGGGUGAAUCCCUGCUUUCUCUCCUAGGUAGUAAUUAGCAUUCUGAUAACAAUGGUUUCCUCACUCACAAAGGCUUCUCUAGUAGAAAACAAUGUGGUGACUAGAAACUGUAUCUGCAAAAGGAAAAAUCAUUAUUUUGGAAUAUUAGUUAUCAGUAAAUAUAUAUUUGAUUAUGGGAGAUACUCCCGACACUUUUGUUUCCCUUAGGCUGUGUUGUGCACAAAUCCAAAUGAUUCUGGUGGAAUUGACUUGGAAUGGAGGAGUGGUAAAAUCUAGUACAAGUUAAUCAUCUUAGAAAUGUCUGUGCUGAAAUUCACAUUCCCAGGACAAACAUAUCAACUUGAUUUAAAAACAGCAAUUCAGAUGAUGCCUCCAUAUGAAAAAGAGAACACACACACUUUCUGGGGUUAAUCAUAGCCUACUUUAUUUUGGAGGGUAACCACAGCCACUAAGGUUAAGAAAUAGGGCUACGUUUACACAGGCAGACGGAUUCUGAUCCAUUUUUCCACAUUGGUAUUUUGACCAAUCACAAAAGAUCUCUUUCAGAGCUGAUCUGAUUGGUCAAAAGACCAAUUUGUAAAGUGUUUGUGUGUAUAUAUCAGAAUUUGCAUCAUCUAUUUGAAAGUGUAUAAUUCACUAAACUGUGCAUGUGGGUUCGUGCUGCCAGAAUUACAUGAUGGAAAUGUUCAAACCCACUGAUAUAAUCAAUCCAUUGGAAUUUCUUAAAUUGAACCAAGGAUUUGAACAAUUAGUUAUAUACUGCCCUCUAAAGUUGUGUUGAUGUACUGAAUCAUACAUACAUUGCUGAGUUUUUAGUAGUGCAAACAUACACAUUUUAUAACGAAUAGUUUUCGUGGUAAUUCUGUCCACAGAUUAACAAUACAUUCAGGUUGUGUAAUCCAAUAUCUUAAUGAUAAAAUAUGCACACUGUUGCUCAUGCUCCCAGAUUAUUUUAUUUAUAACAUUUUGACCCUUUAUCAGGUAUCUAUAUCCCGGGUGGGGUUGGAAGGUCCUACAUGUAGGGGAAGUACUCAGUGACAUCACUUCCUGAAACGGACGUAAAAAAUAUAAGGUUCACAGAAUGAACAUUUAAUGAAUCAAAAUAUAUGAUCAUACACAAGGAAUGUCAAUAUUUAUAGUGCAUUCGGAAAG